AUGAGAAAUAAACGGGAAACUACUCACAAGCCUACUGAAAACUCUUCGACAGCCCACUACCGUUUUCGCCCUUCUUGGGGCUCAUCAGGUGGGCGCAGUUCUCGAGUUUCCUUCAACCUUGUGUUAUAUCUGCUGAUUCGUCAGUCUGUGGUAUCUGCUGCUGACCCUCUCCAGUGCCUAAUGCCGGAGAAAAAAGAUUCACAGAAGGGAACACAACCGCUAUAUUCCGAACAAACGGAUGCGAGAGCUUCUGAUUGUAGUGUGACAGAUGAGGCUCGGGCCGCGUUUGCAAAAUUGAGACACCUGUGGCGUAAGAAUGGUUUAUCCCUGAAUCUGAAGGGACGUGUGUAUCAAACUACAGUACGGGCUGUUUUGUUGUAUGGCUGUGAGACUUGGCCUAUUCGAGCAGCGGAACUGAGACGUCUUCAGGUGUUCGACAAUCGUUGUCUCAGAACCAUAGCUCGUGAUCUCGACCUCGUGAUCCUCACUGUGCCUGGUUGGAGACACUACAAGAUAUGGCUGCCAACCGAUAUCAGUGGUGUUCUUGUUGUCAGUUUCUAUCCAGAUCGCCUGAGUGAAUGUCUGGAGGCAAAAAAAUCAUGGUUUUGGGGCAGUGAAACACCGGUGUUGAACAGUGAUGUCAUGCUGUCGAUGAUGAUGAAGGAUGGCAAUCCGAUAAGGUGCAAAACACUCACUAUGGGAUCGUACAAUAAGUGUCUACUGCCAGAAAAAGUUUCACCGACAAGAAAUACAACAGCUUUAUUGCAACAAUCUACAACUGAAUGUGCUGCACACAGGCCGCCUCAUGUUUCAGUUGGCACGAUAUUCGAGAUAUCGCAGUAUGUUUUCUUGAAGGAAACUACUCACAAGGUUGCUGAAAACUCUUCGACAGCCCACGGUGAGCCACAAGAAGGGCGGAGCCGGUCGUGGGCUGUCGAAGACUUUCAGCAACCUUGUGAGUAG